CUCCUCACAUGAUGUAGGACUAAUGCUGUGUUAUUUCCAUUUACUCAAGAGAACACAAACAAAUUAUUUAUAACAUAACAAAUGUGAGAUGGGGGUUCUAAAUAUCUAAAUGCUUUAGUUAGAUUCUUGAAUAAUAAUAAUAAUAAUAUACCACAUAAAAAAAAAUACUUAAAAGAUGACCUAACAUAAGUUUUUUAUUUAAACAUGAUUGUGCCGCAUGAGACUGAAGAGCAUACUGGAGAUUAUAUGUGGGUCUUAAAUGUUCAAAGGAAGCUCUCAAAAUUUGUCAAAGCCAUUUUCAAAGUUAAACUCUGCUAUUUGUUAGUAGUCAGACAAGAAUCUCAAAAUCUGCCUCUGUCUGAAGUAAACAUGUCUGAAUGUCCCUUUUCCAGGAGUUUGGCCGGAGCUACACUCUGUCCCCACCCGUCACCAAAGCACCAUCGCUGGGCCUCCGGUCAUCGUCUGGAUCCCCCUUUCCCUCAUACAAACCCCUGGUACAGGCCUCAUCAGCUCAGGCCCCCGCGGGGAGGCAGACGUCAUGGCUGGACAGGAGUCACAAGCCUCCUUCACCCUGGGAGGCCGCAGCCCACCACCCCAUGGGCCUGGUUGACGAGGCCUUCCCCUUCCAGAACCUCCAGCAGGCCAUCGCCUUCAACGUGCGCUCGGCUGCGCAGCGCAAGCUACUCCCUGAGCCCCCUGCCGAGUGGAAGGCUAGGGUGUCUGACGAUCCUCCCAGGAAGACUGAGGUAUGGAACCCGAACCAAAGAUGGAACAAGAGACAGAGCUGGGGUCAGAGCCAGAGUCAGAGCCAGGGUCAGAACCAGGAUCAGAGUCGGAGUUACAGCAGAGUUAUGCCUCCGUUCCUGUCCCCGACCAAGAGCAUAGCCUCGGCCCCCGCCGGUCCGACUGGCUACAGGUCCCUGCCCAGACAGUGGCAGCCACAGAGGUCCCUGACAGAGACCAACAUCGGGCCCUCUGGGGCUAUUCAUGGGUACGGAAGGCCCCUUGGGGGCCAGCAGCAGCCGAGCUACAGAUCUGUGUACCACACUAACUGGAGCUGGAGACGCUAGAGGCAGACAAACAUGAUGGUUACUUCAUAACAAGACCAAAACGUAACUCCAGAAUAUUCAGAUGAAGCUGGUAAUUGUGGCCAUAUAUAUCACCAUUAAAUAAAACUUGGGACAAUGGGAUAACAUAUUGAUUGAGGAGAGUGAGGGGCUAGUUAUUAAGUUUGUGAUGUGUACAGGAGAGAGUUUAAGAGGGAGGUCUGUUUUAGAUCUGCUUAUUCGGUUUCACUGAGAAUACUGCUAGGAGUAUACAGAUGAUGACAUUACCGCACCAGAAUUUAGUUGAGAGAGACAGACUGUUGCAUUGCAUUCAAGUACGCAUAAAUGCCAGACAGAUUAAGCCAGUAAAUGUUUUGGUAUUGGGGACACUGUCAAUGAUGGUUCUAUUUUAGCAAAUGGGCCACUAUUGAGUUUAACUUUAUCAAGUUUUCAUUGGACAGAAAUCAAUGAGUGAUUGACGGUGCAAUUCCACCCUUCUUUUUGCUUCAGAGGCUUUCAUUUCAUCCAACACUGUGAGGCGAUAGUGGCAUUCAAAGUAAGUGAAAUCAAUGGUAUUUCUUUAGAGGAUUUAAUGGGCAUAAAGUAUGUUGUAAGGCAGAAUGUGUAAUUGCAUGUAUAAAAAUGAACGGAUAGGAGUAAUGAAUGGACAGGUACACUGAACAAAAAUGUAAACGCAACAUGUGAAGUGUUGGUUCUAUGUUUAAUGAGCUGAAAUAAAAGAUCCCAGAAAUGUUCCAUAUGCACAAAAGCUUAUUUCUCUCAAAUUUUAGUGAGCCUUUCUCCUUUGCCAAGAUAAUCCAUCCUCCUGACAGGUAUGGCAUAUCAAGAAGCUGAUUAAACAGCAUGAUUAUUACACAGGUGCACCUUGUGCUGGGGACAAUAAAAGGCCACUCGAAAAUGUGCAGUUUUGUCACACAACACAAUGCCACAGAUGUCUCAAGUUUUGAUGUAGCAUGCAAUUGGCAUGCUGACUGCAGGAAUGUCCAUCAGAGUUGUUGCCAGAUAAUUUGAUGUUAAUGUCUCUACCAUAAGCCACCACCAACAUCGUUUUAGAGAAUUUGUCAGUACGUCCAACCGGCUUCACAACCGCAGACCACGUGUAUGGCGUUGUGUAGGCGAGUGGUUUGCUGAUGUCAACAUUGUGAACAGAGUGCCCCAUGGUGGAGGUGGGGUUAUGUUAUGGGCAGGCAUAAGCUACAGACAACAAACACAAUUGCAUUUUAUCGAUGGCAAUGUAAAUGCACAGAGAUACCGUGCCGAGAUCCUGAGGCCCAUUGCUGUGCCAUUCAUCCGCCGCCAUCACUUCAUGUUUCAGCAUGAUAAUGCAUGGCCUCAUGUCACAAGGAUCGGUACACAAUUCCUAGAUGCUGAAGAUUUGAGUUCUUCCAUGGCCUGCAUACUCACCAGACAUGUCACCCAUUGAGCAUGUUUGGGAUGCUCUGGAUUGAUGUGUUUCAAUUCCUGCAAUUUCCUGCAUCCAGCAAUUUCGCACAGCCAUUGAAGUGGAGUGGUACAAUAUUCCACAGGCCACAAUCAACAGUCUGAUCAACUUGAUGCGAAGGAGAUGUGUCGUGCUGCAUAAGGCAAAUGGUGGUCACACCAGAUACUGAGUGGUUUUCUGAUCCACGCCCCUACCUUUUUUUAAGGUACUGUGUCAGUGGCCAACAGAUUCAUAUUUGUAUUCCCAGUCAUGUGAAAUCCAUAGAUUAGGACCUAAUGAAUUUAUUUAAAUUAACUGAUUCCUUAUAUGAACUGUUACUCAGUAAAAUCUUUGAAAUUGUUGCAUGUUGCGUUUGUAUUUUUGAUAAGUAUAUAUUUGUGUCAAAGACCUUGAAUACUGUGGGAAGUAUAACUGCUAUGUUUGCUGUGCAUCAUACAGAUCACCCACUCUCACCAAUGAACACAACACAAGGUCAGUGUGAAAUGGCGGAGCAGUACAAUAAUGUGUGUCGACAAGCUAAAACCUAGUACGAUAGCAUUAGUUGAUAGGACACUAAAGCUGUGAGAAACACACAGCAUAACACAGGUGCUCUGAUAGUGGUUGGUGGCGUUAGAUACAAAAGGGUCAGGUUUGAUGGUUUUAUGAUGUUGACGUUGUGGAUGUAUAAAGUUUGCAUCCUGAUUUCUGUGGUGUUUGUGUACUCGCAUGUCUUGUCAAACGAAAUGUGUCAAUAUGAUGCUGGGAAAUGCUUAGGGAGUUAAUUAAAGCCAAGUAAACCGUUUUACAUCCAGAGCAAGGAGCUACGAACACAGGGCUGAAUACUGAUCUGGGAUAUUAAUCACAUCUCAAACAUCCAUAUAAAUCAUAAAUAUUUAGGUAAGUCCUUUAGAAGACUUUACAUAAAUAUAUCAAGGCCAAGAUUUCAACACUUACUGCAUAGUGAGAAGAAAAACUGCUGAUGCAUUAUGGGUCUAAACCAGGCUUAAAACUUGUGAAAUUGAUACAUCUAUAACUCAGCAAGUUGGGAAGACAGGUUAUUAAGUAAGCUCUCCACUUAGAGAGAUUAAUUCAUUUUUUUCCCUGGCUGCCUUUUAUGUACUACAUGAACAUGUGGCAGAGAACAAGGGUUAUGUCCCAAAUGGCACCCUAUUCCCUUACUAGUGCACUACCUAUGACCAGGGUAUAUCGGGGGCUCUGGUCAAAAGAGGUGAACGAUAUAGGGAAUGAAGGGGAGAGCAUCAAGCUUCUAAAUUAUCCAACAGGACAUUCUUUCUCCUGCAAGAUAUUUUUCCAAGUGAUUACACUGUGGGCACCUGUAAAAAUAAUCUCCAGGUAUGUAACAGUGUUAACACCAGGUACAUUAGAGAGAAUAGAGUGAGGGAUGGAAAUGAUGUUCUUGGACAUUGAUAUUUGCUGUUGUCCUUGGCUGGUGAGAAAUAGGCUUCAAGCAAAUAGAUAAUGUAGAAUAGAGUAGAAAAUGAAUGAUUGUAUUUGAAUUAUUUGGUCAUGGAUGUGUAUGAAGUUGAAACAUCACAUGCGUUUGUCUGUGUUGCGUAUUUCUUUCAUUCAUGUUCAUAGCAGGCCUUCCAAUUGUAUGUGUGAAUUCUGAAUGUUCAUGUAUCAUCUUUUAUUAUUGCAAGAUUUGAAAUUCUUGUCUCACACAGUGGAAACUAAUAUCUCUCUAUCAUGUGAUUUUAGAUGCCCACUGUAUUUGUGGCAUCAGCAAUGAUAUGUUUGAGUGAUAGUGAUGUUUUCGUGGUUUUUCUUUUUUGUUUAUUUUACACAAACACUUUCUGUCCAAACAAUUAGCCAAUGUCUGUUUGAACUGUAUACUUCCUGAAGUUCAAAGUGUACUUUUCGUUGAUUUUGAUUUCUUCAUUUGAUUUCAGUAGGCUACUAUUCUGAGCUGUAUGAGGCAUUUUGGAAAAUAAAAAAGCAUUGGUCUACUGACUAA